AAAACGUGUGUGUGCGUGGGGAACUCGCGCUUUACAUUGGUUGACAGGGGCGGCGUCAUCAACACGCGACCAUCACGACCACACUAUCCUCACGAAUUUAUUUGAUCAGAAACUCAAGGUUACUUCGUAAAUACACAUAUUGUAUUACCAUUGUCAUGGCAACAGAGACUGUAGAGAAAACGAGUGAGGAUCCUUCACAAGCAGGUAAGGUCGGUACAAGAUAUGACUUGGAGAAGGAGACUGAACUUCGUUUUGAGGUGGAGGCAGGGGAGGCUGCAGAGCAAGUUGAGUUGGAACUUCUCACAGGAAUGGCAGAAGUCUUUGGCUCAGAAUUGAAUCGCAACAAAAAGUACACUUUUGGAGCAGGUGCAAAGAUUGCUGUAUUCACUUGGCAAGGCUGCAGUGUAACCCUUUACGGGAAGCCAGAGGUGGCUUACGUGUCCAAAGAUACUCCCAUGCUUCUUUAUUUGAACACACACGCCGCACUGGAGCAGAUGAGAAAACAGGCAGAACGCGACAAUGAGAGAGGCCCAAGGGUUAUGGUGGUGGGACCGACAGACGUGGGCAAGUCGACUGUGUGUCGACUGUUACUGAGCUACGCUGUCAGAGUGGGCAGGAGACCCACGCUGGUGGAACUGGAUGUUGGCCAAAGUGGGGUGUCAGUGCCAGGGACGGUGUCAGCACUGUGUAUUGAGCGUCCAGCAGAUGUGGAGGAGGGCUUCUCAGUCCAGGCUCCUUUGGUCUACCACUUUGGUUCAACCUCUCCAGGGACCAACAUCAAACUUUACAACAAGCUGACAUCAUGCCUUGCUGAGGUCUUUUCCCAGCGCUGUGAGGUGAACAGGAAGGCCAGCGUUGGUGGCUGUAUCAUCAAUACGUGUGGCUGGGUGAAAGGCUCCGGUUACCAGGCUCUGGUAAACUGUGCCUCUGCCUUUGAGGUGGACGUAGUGCUGGUACUGGACCACGAGAGGUUGUACAAUGAACUAAAACGAGAUCUCCCUCACUUUGUCCGCGUCGUCUUGCUGCCCAAGUCUGGGGGAGUGGUCGAGCGCUCCAAGGAGUGCCGACGAGAGGUGCGGGAUGAGAAAAUCCGGGAAUACUUCUACGGCUUUCGAGGAGUGUCCUUUUACCCUUUUUCCUUUGAAGUACGGUUCUCUGACGUUCGCAUCUAUAAAAUCGGGGCACCUUCGAUCCCAGAUUCAUGCCUGCCAUUGGGAAUGUCUCAGGAGGACACCCAACUCAAGCUGGUUCCUGUGACACCAGGAAGAGACCUCACCUAUCACGUGCUGAGUGUUAGCACUGUAGAGGAUGGAGACGAAGGGGCUAGAAAGGGAAUCGUGGAAAGUCCUGUGUGUGGUUUUAUUGUUGUGACCAAUGUGGACACACAAGCACAGGUGAUGAAAGUGUUGUCCCCAGCACCAAGACCACUGCCGAGACACACACUGCUCAUCAUGGACAUACGUUUCAUGGACACCAAAUAAGGAGAAGCAGCCUUGUUAACUUGUAGUUGUUGACCGAGCUGCUUCUGAAUCCCGAUGGCACCAAGUGAUGAAAUGUUUCAAUAAUUGCAUCUGCUGUCAUAUUUUCAUUUUAUUAGGAUUGUAUCAUGCCAUUUUUAUAAAUGCUAUUUUUAUAUAUGACAUAAUCUUGAGAGAGGGAACUCGCCACCCCCCCCCACCCCUCAUUUCUUCAGAAAUACAUUA